AUGGAGGAAAAGAUGCGAUGGUGCCCCCCGCUCGCCUUCUGCCUGGAAGCCGGUUCCCUGCUCGCGGCAGCCCGCGCCUAAGCCAGCCGGAGGGACGCGCCUCCCACCAGCACCAGCAGCCCCCGCCGCGGCGAGGCUCGCGGGCUCCCCGGCUGGCUAGGCGGCCGGUGGAUGGAUGGCUGGAUGGACGGGCGGCGGCCGAGCCAUGAUGCCCGGGGAACCCUCCCGGCGGCGGCUGCCGCUGCCGCCGCUGCUGCUGCUGCUCUGGCUGGGCUCGGCGGGCGCCCUGCAGCCCCGGAACGCCACCGCCGGCUCCGAGCAGGGGGCCCGCGCCUCCCCCGCGCCUACGGCCGCUCCCGCCUGGCCCCGGCGAGGCGAGGGCAGCGGCGAGAACGACCUGGCAGCCUGGGCGCCCAACGCCACGCGCCCGCCCCCGGAUGAGCCGCGGGCCGCCCCCGCGCUGCCGGGGGCGCGGGGCACCGGGAGCGGACCCGGCCCGGCCGUCACCCUCACCCUCACCCGGCCGCCUCCGGCCCCUUCCUCGCCGCCGCCCUCUCCGGCCACCGCCGCCACCGCCUCGCCUGCCCCGCAGGAGGCGACCCCCGGCGCCAGCUACGGCCCCCCGACCGCUGGCCCUCCCUCGCCGGCGGAGGAGGAGGAGGAGGACGCGCCGGUCCACAGCGGAGCAGACGUCUUCUGUAAUUGCAGCUCUGUUGGAAGCACAAGCCUGAGUGAGUGCAACGCAACGGGUCACUGUCAGUGCCACCCAGGUUACACGGGCCCCUCCUGUGACAGAUGCGGAGACGGCUAUUACCUCAGUCUACCCCACAGACGUUGCCUGCCUUGUGACUGUGACCCCGAGGACUCGGUCUCUUCGUCCUGCGACAACCUUGGAAGAUGUGAGUGCAAAGCCGGAGCCACGGGGAUUAAAUGUGCCCAGUGCCGGGAAGGGUCCUACAAGUUCAACGGGACCACCUGCCAGCCCUGUCAGUGCAAUAAUCAUUCUCUGCAGUGUGAUCCUUUGACAGGCACUUGCCUCAACUGUCAAGGCAACACAGAAGGCACUUACUGUGAGAAAUGCAAAGGGCAAUUUUAUCGAAACAACUCCCAGCUGCAGGAGUGCCUCCGCUGCCCAUGCUCCACUGCAUCUUCCAGCGGGAGCUGUCAAAUAAAGCCCGGUCAGCAGACACCAACCUGUGACAAGUGCCGACCUGGCUAUAUUGGCCCUCUCUGUAACCAAUGUGACGAUGGCUACUUUAGCUCUGAUAGCGUCUGCAUCAAAUGCCAAUGCAACGGGAAUGUUGACCCAGCCCGUUCACCAAGAGUCUGCAGGGCAGAUACAGGGGAAUGCAUCGGCUGUCUGUAUCACACAGCAGGGUUUCAUUGUGGGGAAUGUCGAGAAGGAUACGUCACACUUGUGGAAGGAGGGAACUGCACCAAGGAAGAGUAUACGCCAACCCCAAGGCUCAUCCCUUCAGCUCCAAACAUUAAUGUGUCCACCACUUCACCCACGGUGGCCUUCAACAGCACGUUGGCACAGACAACAGUAGAGACGGCUUUCCCAGGCACGCCCUCUGACAACAGCACGUCGCCUUUCGCUGAUGUCUCAUGGGCCCAGUUCAACAUCAUCAUUCUCACAGUGAUCAUUAUCCUGAUUGUCCUGCUGAUGGGCUUUGUAGGGGCAGUCUAUAUGUACCGUGAGUAUCAAAACCGGAAGCUGAAUGCUCCCUUUUGGACCAUUGAACUUAAGGAGGACAACAUUAGUUUCAGCAGCUACCACGACAGCAUCCCCAACGCAGACAUCUCUGGCUUGUUAGAAGAUGAUGGAAAUGAGGUGGCGCCCAACGGCCAGUUGACACUGGCAACUCCCAUGCACAACUACAAAGCGUGACCAAUCCAGGGAGGAACUGACUGCAAGCUUUCUGACUUGAACAAAUCAGUGCAGGGCCCUUUGGGGGAAUACUGGACGAUUCCUGUGUUUCAGGAAUAAGGUACUAGAUACUUUUCCUGCGUUCGCCUAGCUUCGUGUCAAUUGUCCAGGAAGAUGAGCAUCAGGCAAUGACAGUAACAGAGGCGAGUCAAGUAAAAUUGUGGGUUGGAUUCAGCUCACCAUUUCUGAUGCCACAGUGGAUAUCCACUUGUAUUUUUUUAAAAAAAGCAGCCGCUUUGAAUAUAUAUUUUUGUAUGGAACAAUGGAGAAGUAACUAAGAAAUCAUCUCAUUGCUACUCAGAAAACCUAGGCUGACACUGGAACUGAAUUUUUAAGCUCACGUUGGAGAAGCGAUCGGCGAUGUAGGACAGAGUGGUAAAAAUGGAUCUCUGGUUUUGGAAAAGAAGGAUAAACCGUGUUUCUUGUUCUGAGUUCUGCUUUUUAAAACGAUUUGUGGAUUGGCUGGAGAUACAGACUGACGGCUACCAAAGUUUUUCGUAACUCCUUCUUGUUCCUCUCUUUAUUUUUGAGAAAGCUUUCCUCCUUUUGGUGAACGCUUCCUCCCAAGCUGGUGACGAUAUUUAAAACUUAGAAAUGGCUUUUUAUUUUCCUACCUUUCUUGAACCUAGAUUCAUUCCCCUAUAGGGAACGCAAGAGAUGUUUUAAGGUAUCUUUCAGGAGCCUCCUAUCCAGUGCAGAAAUGGUAUGUAUAUAUACAGAAUGUAAACAGAGAUUCAUUAGCACUGUGUUUGGAGCUCUUUGUACAAAGUAUCAGGUGUCGAAUUUUAACUGCUGAGAUUUUUAUCUGUACAGGGGUUCAUGGCACUGUAAAAACAAGGCCAAACCAAGCCAAACUCAAACUAAAAAAUGGGUGGGUGGGUGGGGGGAAGCAACUAUUGUAUUAAAGUGCUGUAAAUUCAGAGGGCGAUAUCUGGAGCUGGGUCUCCAGCAAAAAAAAAAGAAAAAAAAAGUGUGUUGCUAAUUUCCCCUCUUCUAACAAUACACACCGUUCGCAUCUUAA